UGAGGCAUUUGGCGAUCGCUGAAUCUGAAGAGCUUGUUUCAAGAGAAAGCGAGUCUGCAAGUUCUGAAGUUGCCAUUUUUGAAGCCUUGGUUUGUGAGAGCUAUUUCUUUCGUUUCCCUUCACAUCCAUCCAGAACUUGACUAAAGAGGAGGAAGUCUGCAAAGCUCGAAGCUAACAUUUUUGGGAUCUUGUGAGCUAAGCUGACAUCCGCCAGGACGAAGCUAGAAACGGCUAUAACAACCAUUGCUCCAAUGCUCCAAAAAGUUUUAUUGAUCAUAUUGGGAGUAUUAAUUUCCAAAGCUAUCAGACUCAUCUCUCAUUGGCGCAAUGGUAACCAACCUGCUGCUAUUGAUGCUAGUUCUGAGGAUGAUGUUAUUUUGACUCAAAUGAAUUCUCCUCCUGCUACCAAGUAUGAUGUGUUCCUUAGCUUUAGAGGAGAAGACACUCGCCACAAUUUUGCAAGUUAUCUUUGUAAAGGACUUCAAAAUGCAGGCAUUCACACUUUUAUGGAUCACGAACUCCGCAAAGGAGAAUCAAUCUCACCUGUUCUUCAAAGAACAAUAGAGGAAUCAGAAAUAUCUAUGAUUAUUUUCUCCCAAAAUUAUGCUUCUUCAACUUGGUGUCUGGAUGAGCUUGUUCACAUAUUAGAAUGCAAGCGUAAAUUUGGAAGGGUUGUGAUACCUAUUUUCUAUAACAUAGAUCCUUCAAACAUACGCAAACAAAAUGGGAAUUUUGGAAAAGGAUUUCAUGUAUUGAAGCAAAGAUUUAAAGGCAACCAACAAAAAUUGCAAAAGUGGAGAAAUGCUUUAAUCCAAUCCACAAGUUUCUCUGGAUGGGAUUCCCACAGUACCAGACCUGAAUUCAAACUUAUUGAAGAGAUUGUCAAAGAUAUUUCGAGAAAGUUGGACUAUGCGUCAUCAUCUCAUCUUGAAGGACUCAUUGGCAUUGCUCGACAUGUUAAAAACAUUCGAAGGCUUCUAACUGGGGCUCGCAUUGUAGGAAUAUGGGGUAUGGGUGGUGCUGGUAAGACCACACUUGCUAAAGCCAUAUUUCAAGAGUUGAGAGCUCAAUUUGACACUUUCUCCUUUAUUGAAAAUGUCAAAGAGCAAUUAAAAAGAAUUAGUUUGGAUGAGCUACAGAAGAAUUGCCUCAAAGAAUUAUUAAAAGAUGAGGGCAUUAGCAUCUAUGACAUAAAAUCCACUUUUGUGAAAAAUAGGCUUCAGAGCAAAAAAAUUCUUCUUAUACUUGAUGAUGUGGACAAGUCAAUAGUAGCGGCAGAUUUAACCAAGGUACUUGAUUGGUUUGGUGAAGGAAGUAGAAUUAUUAUCACAUCAAGGGACAUGCAAGUGCUGAAGAAUGCUUCUGCUGCAUUUUCAACAUAUCAUGUUCCAGACUUGGGUUUUGAUAAUGCUUUUCAUCUCUUUAGUUUGAAAGCAUUCAAGCAAGAUGAGCCAUCUAAAGGUUACAUGGAGUUAUCAAAAUCAGUAGUGAAAUAUUGUCACGGAAACCCAUUAGCCCUAGUAGUGCUAGGUUGCUUCCUCUAUGGCAGAGGAAAAGAAGAGUGGGAAAGUGCUUUGGAAAAACUAAAUCAAGCUCCACCAAAGGAUAUUGUUGAUGUUUUGAAGUUGAGUUUCGAUGGACUUGAUGACAAACAGCAGGAAGUGUUUCUUGACCUAGCAUUCUUAAUCAAGCAAGGAGUUGAUAUUUCUUUGAACCUAACGAGACAAUUAUAUAGCUCUUCUAUGCAUAUUGAGAUUAGUACUCUUAGAGAGAAGUCCCUCAUUUCAUUUGAUAAUAAUCAUAAUGAUCUUAUUGAGAUGCACGAUCUUGUGAGGAAAAUGGGCCUUGAAAUUUCAAGCCAACAAUUAUUCUCUGGUUCCAAAAUCCCUGUUCGACUAUGGAAGCAUAAGGAUAUUUAUCGGUUUUUCAACAAUGACCAGCAGGCAAUUGAGGCAAUUCGAUGCAUGUCAUUGGAUGCAACCAAGAUAGAAAGCAUGACAUUGAGGGCUAGUCAUUUUAGAACGAUGCAUUAUUUAAUGUCUCUUCAAGUUUACAAGUCACAUUGGGAAAAUCCUUCAAAGUUGAGUAUUUGUGAACCGUUGGAUUAUCUUUCUAAAGAAUUAAGGUUUCUUAGUUGGGAAGAAUAUCCACUACCAUCUGUGCCAUUACAAUUUUGUGCUGAGAAUCUCAUUGAACUUAAUUUGCCUGACAGUAAUAUCCAACAGCUUUGGGAGCAGCAAUUUCCAAAUCUGAAGGAAAUAAAUCUAACAGGUUCAAAGAAUCUCAUGGCUCUCCCAGAUAUGUCUCAAGCCCCUAAAGUUAAAUCUUUGCAUUAAUCGUUGUAUGAAUUUGUGUCAAAUGCAUUUUUGACUGUCCCGGAACAGGAUAUCUAUUCACUUAUAAAUGAUUGUGGGCGGAUGCAGAUAAAUGUUGGGGGCAGUAUGAAAGGGAGAAGUUCAUCAAGGUUAGUGAUUGGGAAGAAGUAUUGGGAUCUUGACAAUUUGACAUUCAAUAAAGUGACAAUGAAGGUGUUGGUAUGUGGCAAGAUGAUGUGUGGCGUUGGAUUUAAGCAUGUGACAAUGCCAUUAAAAGAAACGGCAGAAUUCAUGAGAAUGGUGACUUUACUUCCAUUUGUGAGGAGAGUUGAAUGGUUAGAGGGUCCAACUGAGUUUGGGCAUGAUUUCAAGCAACAUCAUACCUAUGAUGAUUAUUAUUUUGAAGAUAAUCGCGGCUUCAGUGUUGCUGCGAGGGUGAGGGGUGAUGGAGAAGAAAGGAGCGUGGAGAUGAUGGAAGAUGAUGAGGAUGAGAGAAAAUGAUUAGUGAGAAUGAAAGAGAAAUGAGUAGUAAAGGUGAUCAAGUAGUAGAGACGACAUUAUUAUUAAUGGAAGAUGAACAAGAAGGGGCCGAUGAGGAUGAUAGUAAGAGGGAUGAUAUAUUGUUAACAGCACUACUUAUUCCUAACAGCAUUCCUCGCUGGUCAUUAUUGAAGAGACUGACAUUAAAAGAGAGUAUUAUUAUUGGGAAUAAUAUUGUGGGUUGCAGCAGCGUCCCUCAAGUUUCAAUAAUCCUCAAAUCACUUAAUGAAGAUUGCAGAAGGAGGAUUCGGCCUCUCUUAGUUGUACAACUCUCUUCGCCAUUAUCCCCUUUACCUCAUCAUUCUUUCGAUGUCUAUUAUAACCAUUUGGAGGGCAUGCCACAAUAUCGUCGUUUUCUUUUAUUCAGCAGUAGAUACCGGUCAUAUGAUUAUUUGGAUCAUCCUCUCUUAACUGUUUACUUUAACGAUUACUGCUGAUGAUAUUAAUUAUCAUUUAAAUUUCUCA